AUCAAUUAAUCGGAACAAACUGUCUUCUUCCUCUUCUCCUUCUUCAUCUUCUUCCUCUUCUCCUUCAUUAGCUUUACUUACUCUCCUCAUUAUUAUUCCUCAGCAUAUUCCUCUUCUUCUUCUUCUUCGAUCGAACCAAAUCCUAACUUCUCACUCUUGCUGUUCUCCAAUGGAGGCGAUACAGAGCAGGGUGGAGUCAUGGAUCAGGGACCAGAAGGCGAAGAUCAUGAAGGUCUCGUGGGGCCCCCUCCAGUGGCGGAUGCGCUGGUGGCCCCCGUGGUCCUCCUUCGAGCAGCGCGAGCAGCGCAAGCGGAUCCAGCUCGAGUACGAGCGCCGCCGCAAGCAGCUCCACGAUCUCUGCCGUGCCCUCCAGGCCGACUCUAUCCCCGACCUCCAGGACAUCCUCUGCUGCAUGGUCCUCUCCGAGUGCGUCUACAAGAGUUCAACAAAAAUGUUCUUUUUCCCCUUCAUGAGCAGAGGCCUGCCACUGAGCUUGUCCGUGCUGUGAACAAAUUUAAGGCAGAUUUUGGAGGUCACGUUGUUUCUAUCGAGCGCGUUCAACCGUCCGCAGACCAUGUUCCUCACAGGUACUUAUUGGCAGAGGCCGGCGACACAUUGUUUGCUUCCUUUGUUGGGACGAAACAGUACAAGGAUGUCAUGGCUGAUGCCAAUAUAUUACAAGGUGCAAUAUUUCAUGAUGAUAUGGAGGAUGCUGACGAGAGUGAAGCCACUGAUUCCGACCGUGUUGAUGGUCAAAAAGGGUCCAUUCAGAAUUCAUCAAAAUCUCUCGAGACGAAGAUAAAGCAGCCAAGGGGUAGACCAAAACCAGCUGCUCAUCGGGGAUUCCUGGCUCGUGCUAAAGGAAUACCUGCUUUAGAGUUGUACCGUCUUGCUCAGAAGAAAAAGAGAAAACUUGUUUUGUGCGGACAUUCCCUUGGUGGAGCAGUUGCAGCAUUGGCUACCCUUGCAAUUUUAAGGGUUAUUUCUGCUUCUGCUUCUUUGAAGGAAAACGAAAAGUUGCCUGUUAAAUGUAUAACAUUCUCCCAGCCCGCUGUUGGAAACGCUGCCUUAAGAGACUAUGUCAACACAAAGGGCUGGCACCAGUAUUUUAAGAGUUAUUGUAUUCCAGAAGAUCUGGUGCCCCGUAUACUGUCUCCAGCUUAUUUCCAUCAUUAUAUUGCUCAGAUACCAUCAGUACCUAUUGGAACUGAAAUUGCAAUUUCCAAUAAAUCGACUGUAAAAGGAGAGACUGCAGUAGAGAAAAAGAAAGACAGUGAUGGGGAGCAAUUGGUUCUAGGAUUAGGUCCCAUCCAGAAUUCUUUCUGGAGACUCUCAAGACUUGUUCCUUUGGAGGGUGUCAGAAGGCAAAUAAACAAUUUCAGGAGAAAACAGGUCGAGUCUAUUGAAGAAUCUGCAAGUCAUUCAAUUGCACUUGAAGAUGAAGCCAUGGAACCACAGUCUUUGGAAAUUCAAGAGGGUUCUGAUAGUAUUUCUCUGAAGCCAAUCUCUGAUGGAGAUAAUAAACCAUCAGAUAUAACAUUAGCAGGAAAGUCCACCGAAAAGAGCCAGAAAGAUGGUGAUGGGCGGAGAUGGCACAGUGUGCCUUAUUUGCCUUCAUAUGUUCCAUUUGGGCAGCUCUAUCUUUUGGGAAAUUCAUCAGUAGAAUUACUAUCAGGAGCGGAGUACUCAAAGUUGACAUCGGUUAGAUCUGUGAUUGCGGAGCUAAGAGAACGGUUUCAAUCCCAUUCAAUGAAAUCUUACAGAUCUAGGUUUCAGAGGAUCUGUGAACUUUGUAUGGGUGACAGUCCCUCGAUUUUCCCUGGACUGGAUCAGUUGCAGCAGUUCCCUAAUCUACAACAGUGGCUUGGUCUUGCAGUUAUUGGGACAGUAGAGCUCGGGCAUAUAGUGGAGGCUCCGGUUAUUCGAUCAGCUACUUCAAUUGUUCCUCUUGGGUGGAACGGUACUGUAGAGAAAAAUGGAGAACCAUUUAAAGUUGAUAUUGCUGGUUUUGGUUUGCAUCUCUGCACGUUGAUUCAUGCUCAAGUGAAUGGUACCUGGUGUUCAACAACUGUGGAAAGUUUCCCUUCUCAACCACCCUAUUCAAACCAUGAUGAUCAACAAGAGUUACAGAAAAUGCGAGUCCUUGUGGGGCCUCCCCUGAAACGACCACCUUACCAUCAAAUCGUGGAAGAUUCAUUGUUGCCUGCAUUUUCUACUAUUAAUAAGGAGCCUGUGAAAGUCAGCAGUAUACAGAAUUCAAAUCCAUCCGACGAAGUGAAAUAUGUGCACCCAGAUGAUCCAAUUGAUCUCUACAUAUUUUGUACCAGUGAUUUCACUACUGUCUCAAGGGAGGUUCACCUUCGAACUCGUAUAGUUAGAUUGAUUGGCCUCGAGGGUGCUGGUAAGACAUCUCUAUUUAAGGCAAUAAUGGGUCAAGGAAAAAUACCUGUCAUUGCAAAUAUCGAGAGCCUAUUUCCAGAUUCUGAUGUUCAAGAAGGAAUUGCUGGUGGUGUAUGUUAUUCUGAUUCUUUGGGAGUUAAUUUGCAGGAGUUGAGCAAUGAGGCCUCUCGUUUCAGGGAUGAGCUAUGGGCAGGAAUUCGCGACCUGAGUCAAAAGACAGAUCUCAUUGUACUUGUGCAUAACCUCUCCCACAAAAUACCUCAGUAUAAUAGCCCAGAUGGAUUGGAGAAAAAACCAGCCCUUUCUCUCUUGCUGGAUGAGGCCAAGGCUCUUGGGAUACCCUGGGUCCUUGCGAUAACGAAUAAAUUCUCAGUCAGUGCGCACCAGCAAAAAGCUGCCAUUGAGGCUGUCCUACAGGGAUAUCGAGCUUCCCGAAGCUCUACUGAGGUCGUGAAUUCCUGCCCUUAUGUCAUUCCCAGUGCGGCGACUGCUUCUCUCUCUUGGGCUCCGGGAAGCUCUGAACAGAAGAAGGGUGUUCAGAAGCUUAUCUUCGCUCCUAUAAACAUUGUCAGGAUGCCCUUCCAGAGGAAAGACACGGUCUUCCCAGUUGAGGGGGUGAACUCGCUCUGUCAGCUCGUACAUAGAGUGCUUCAGAGCCAUGAGGAAGCCUCUCUUGAGGAACUAGCGAGAGAGAGGCUUAUGUUGGAACUGGCUCGAGACCGUGAAGGGGCAAUGGAUGCUAGCAGAGAUUUGCAGGCUAAGUCCUCAGUAUCGGCUGCAACAGUGGGGGCUUCUGUAGGGGCUGGUCUCGGCCUUGCCUUGGCUGUGGUCAUGGGGGCUGCAUCAGCCUUAAGGAAGCCCUAAUUUAGGUCGUGGUCUGUGAUUAUUGUUUUCUUCUCCAAUGUGCAUAAAUACGGGCUAUUUUAUGGAGAAUUUAGGUAGGGCUUCGAGGUAUUUAGUCGAAAGGCGAUCGGUCAUUUAUUUUAUUCCAUUCUUGUAAUUGCUGGUAAGAAAAUAUAGCUCUGCCUGAUCAUUUUUCCUGUCAGUUUCUUCAAA